CGCCGCAAAGGUGACUCAUCAUUUGUUUAUAUAUCAAGAGAAGGUUCCCCUGCUGCGUACGCAGCAAUGGUCAGUUGAAUUUUUACCGUAUAUCAUAAAGUCCUUGACGACAAGUACACGACACGAGUGACCACUACAGUAGUCUCAGUUUCAAUAAUCUCCCUUCCUGACGAACGACAGUCUUGUUGUACUCUCAUCUUCACCAUGAAACUCACGUCCGCCCUUGUGCUUUUAUUCAUCGCUAGUGCGCAAGCAGGAACAACAGUGACCGGAAUCCCAGCAUCGGACUCGAACGGUUUUACCAUCACUUAUGCCUCCGGCUCGUAUGAUACCAGCUCGCUUUCCUCUUUCCUCUCUUCCGAGUCAGCAUCUGUGCAGAGCUUGCUCUCAUCCCUCAGCAUUACCACCCCCACCGGCGUACCUACUAGUGGCAUACCCACUUCCAUACCUACUUCCAUCGGCACAAUUGCUCCCACCGUAACGUCUCCUUCGUCCAGCGGGUCUUCAUCAAGCACGACGAGCGCACAAGCCACAACAACUUCUAGCGCUGCAGGGCGAACAGAGGCGGUGCUAGGACUGGGGUUGACUGCGGGAACUGCUGCGGGUUUACUUGUGUUCUUAUUCUGAAUAAGUACAUUUUGCGGCAGUGACGCAUGUAUUCAUACUGAUCGGAGGACAACAUGCGGGGAUAAAAGUCGAGAGGUCUUGUGUUCAUGUAUACUGCGGCCCGGAAAGG